UUGGUGGUAACACUGUUUCCCAAACCAAGAGUAUGCAAAAAGAAGGAUAUGAUGCGUGUCAGUUGGCUUUUGGAGAUUGUUCAACCAAAAAACUAACUAAACCUUUAAAAGGUCAUUUAAAAGAUAUUUCGCCCAAGAGAUAUUUACGAGAAAUAAGGGAUAUGACUGGUUUUGAACUAGGCUCUUCAAUUGAUUUAACCCUUUUUCAAGAAGGCGAAGAAGUUAAAGUUACUGGAAAUUCUAAAGGUAAAGGUACUGCGGGGGUAAUUAAGAGAUACGGUUUCAAAAUUGGGAAUAUGUCGCAUGGUGGUGGUUAUCCCCAUCGAUUAAUUGGUUCUAUGGGUGGCGGACGAGGCACUAACCAAGGUAUUCCGAAGGGUAAAAAGAUGCCAGGUCGGAUGGGUAAUGAAAAAAAUACCCAAAAAUCUGUAAUAGAAAAAAUCGAUAAAGAAAACCAAAUCAUUUUCCUCCGUGGUGCUAUUCCUGGUCAUAAAUUAUUAAUGGUUGGGGUAAAAUGUGAUUUAGAAACUUUGGAGAAAAGGGGGGUUUCAAGACAAGAUAGGGUUAUAGGAAUGGCAAAGGUUUUUUAUCAAACUGAGGAAAAAUUCAAUUACACUUACGAUUUAGUUGUCGAUAAUACUGUAGAGUCUCCUUCUGCUAACGCUAAAAAUAUUAAAACUAAUAAAUGGUAA